UAGCAAAAGUUUGAAUGGUACCAGUGGUACAGGGCAAUACAUGCCUCAACCCUAGCGAUGAGGGUUCGAAGCUGUUUUGCAGCACUACUUUUCUUUCUCAAAGUUUUGAAGAAUAAGACCUCUUAUUCCUACAAAAAGAAAAUCGGAUUGCUUAGAUAUCUUGAAUCUCAGAAUAUCUAAAAGAGAACAUUACUAAAAAUUCAUAUUCGAUAAAUAAGACCUCUUAUUCCUACAAAAAGAAAAUCGGAUUGCUUAGAUAUCUUGAAUCUCAGAAUAUCUAAAAGAGAACAUUACUAAAAAUGCAUAUUCGAUAGAUUUGUCUUCAAAAAGUAAAAAACAUAAACAACCUGAAUCGUCACCUAAUAUUGAAAAAUCCGGCCUGUUUAUCCUAUUUGGACAAUGUGGCACGCGAUACCUACAAAUCCUGGAUCCGCCGCCACUGAUACUCAUUAAAGAACACAAAACCUACAAAUUUUGGAUCUGCCGCCACUGUUACUCAUUAAAGAACACGAAACCUACAAAUCUAGGAUCCGCCGCCGCUGAUACUCAUUAAAGAACUAAAAAGUUUCUGGCGUAAACCAUUUACAGUAGCCAUUCCCAUUGCCGAUAAGCAACAUUUCCUUUUGAUAUACAACUCCUAGAAAAAGUUUUUCCAACAAAAAGUUUUCCACACACAUACAGGAAGUUUCUUUCAUUUUUCUGAAUUUUCCAUUUUAAGGAACCAAUGGAAGAUUCGAUGUUUGAUGAAAGACAAGAUUCGAUGGUUUCGCCUUCUGGUGGAAUCCCACAACUAAGAAAAGCCCAUUUCUUGAAACCCAUUGUUUCUUCCAGUGAAGGUCCAAAUUUGAAGCUUCCUUCACUUCCUUUUUCAUCUGAAUCCGAAUGGCCAUUGGAAGUCUCCUUUAAUGGUUGUAGGCAUCGUCAGAACAAAUGGAAGAAAUGGGUCAAAACCAUGGAAUCUGUCUAUCACUCAAAAUGGAAAGCUGCUGGAAUUUACGAAGCUAUUUAGGGUUCAGUAUAUAACGUCCAUACAUAUGAAGAUUUGAUUUUUGGGCUAGCAGAAAGGUGGUGUUCUGAGACUAAUACAUUCAUAUUUCCAUGGGGCGAAGCUACUGUUACUCUAGAAGAUAUGAUGAUUUUGGGAGGGUUCUCUGUUUUGGGUGACUCUGUUUUGUCUCCUCUUCAAUCCCCUGAGUUGAUACAAAUUAAAGAAAACCUUGAAAAGACGCAUAGGGACCUUAUCAGAUUGAAGGCUGAUAAUCAUAAUUGGUGGCUGAAUCUUUUCAUGAACCGUGGAAGGGAUUAUGAACAUGAAGCUUUUCUUUCUCUCUGGCUAUCGAGAUUUGUGUUUCCAGGUAAUGAGUAUGAUAAAAUAGGUUCACAUGUUUUCCCUCUAGCUAUUAAUCUUGCUAGAGGUACGCGAGUAGCGCUUGCUCCAGCUGUUCUUGCUAGCAUAUAUAGGGAUUUGAGCUUGUUGAAACUGGCUAUGCUAACAGCAUCACCAAAUGAGCCAAGUAGUAAUGGAAACGAUGAAGACAGACUUGAUAUUCUAGAAUUUAGUCUUUGGGCGCCAUUGUUCUUUGUUCAAGUUUGGGCUUGGGAGAGGUUGCUACCUUUGCGGCCAGAGCAGGUUCAGAAUUACAAUAAGCUUAGUGGGGUGAGGAUAGAACGCUGGCACAAUGUAAAACAAAAGGAUGUUAUUAACGUGAGAACUGUUAUUGACUCAUCUGGAGAGACAUUUCAGUGGAGGCCAUAUGCCUUGGCUGUGGAAGGUUGGGUAAUUCCCAAGUUUUACAAGGAGAACGAAGAGUGGGCAAGAGUUGAAGGGCAAAAUGUGGACCAAGAAUUGGAGUCCUUGGUUCGAUGUUUCAGGGUGUCUGAUCUCGUUGGCUUUGAUUGUCAAGAGCCUUAUCGACCAAAUCGUGUAGCAAUGCAAUUUGGCUAUGAUCAGGACUUCCCUAAAUGGAUUCCUCGCUCACCUUCAACUCCAGAAUUUGCCUGGUACAACUAUAGCAGACCCUCCAAUUCUGACUUUAGGUUAUACUAUCCAUCUAGGUUGUCUGAAUCAGAUGUCACUAGACAGUAUUUGAAAUGGUGGAGAAAAGAAGUUUUAUCACUAGCUGAUGCAUUCAAAGGAGUGUCUCAAGUACGAAGGAGUCAAAGAAGAUCAAAACGACUUUCUAACUUUUUGGAUUCUCAUGUUUUUUCUCAUGACAGGAACGUAGUUCCUCCCAAGUGCAUCGGGAGGAAAUGACAAGGAGAAUUUAUCUAUGGAGGUUUGUCAAACAGUGGCUUGCGACGUUGUGCCUCCUAGUUCAAUAGAGAAGCAUACUGACUGUGAACAUGACGGAAAUGACAAUAAUAUAGCCCCAAACCUUGUGAUCAACAAGCAGAGAAGAGGGGAAAGAACUAGAUGUGAUGAUCUUAUAAUGGAUAUAGAAAAUCGUCUUAGCAGGCUCAAGAAACAAGCUGCUUCCCGCAGGAGAUGCUAGAUUCAGUAUAGUAUGAUUUCAAAUGCCUGUUUAUUUAUCUUAUCUAUGGUUACUUGCUCAGAGUGUUGCUUUUCAAAUUUCUAUUUACUCUCUCUUUAAUUAGUUUUCGUACACACCAUUAAAGAGGAUUCUUGUUUUGUCACUGGUGUAACGA